GAGUUCACUGAAGAAGAAAGAGCUGGUUUGGCAAAACAUAACGACUAUCGCCAAAUACACGAAGCUCCACCAAUGAAACUCAAUAGAGAGAUGUGCGACCAGGCUAAGGCCUACGCUGAGAGACUUGCUGCAAUGGGGACACUGAAGCAUUCGCCUAAGAGCGAGAGAAGUGGACAAGGAGAGAACCUUUCCAUGGGAUGCUCCACCAGAGGUCCACAGUCCAUGGAAGAGGCUGUCACAAACUGGUGAGAGAUAAACCCUAAGAGUAAUCAGCAUCAAAAUUCUCCUUGUGAUAUUAAUGCUUUAUAAAACAGAUCGGUGACGAGAAUGAAGGAAAUGAUCACAAAAGAUGAAUCUGAUUGAUUUCUCCACCCUUCUAUAGGAAACAUAUGCGGACAACAGAGGAUGUAAAUGCCUCAUUGAAUUCGACUUUUCUGCCAUCCAAGUCCCUUUAGCUACCUCGUCCUUCUUCCUUAUCUUCCCUUUUGCCAUCUUUUUAUUUUACAUGAGGAUCGCAAUGGGGUUAACCGUCGGCCGUCAAACGGCCUGAAAUUUAAACUUCAGCCGUAGAAAAAGGUAAUUUUGUACUGUCAACCGUCAAAAAUGUAGACUAAUCUUAACCGUCAAAACGUUUCAAGGUCAGUUUCAAAUCUCACCAUUUCAGCUGAUCUUCAAGGCGUUCUGGCUCCUGAAGAAUUUCUAAACUUGAAAAACAAAUUCCUAUGUUCUCAAACAUUAACAGAUCUUAAAACUUGUGAUUAUAUUUCCAAAUUUUAUGAGUGAAAGGCCAUAGCUCUCUCAAAAGGUCUACUAUUCAACCGUCAACAGUCAAAAUUGGAAAAAAUAACCGUCAAAGCUACUGCCCCAUUGAGACCCUCUUUUCUGGUCUGCGUGGUAAUUUCCGAUACCCGGGUUUCAAGCUCUUGAGCACUGACUGGUAGAUCAGCUACGGCAAUAUGUCUGGACAUUGGAAAGUUCCAGGAAGUGACCAACUUUUUCUCCUUGAGAAAAGUAUAAAAAUUCAGGAAAUUCGGUUAGGCAUAAAUUCCCUUUAUUUUACUGACUGACAUUACAUCAGAAACUUUCUUGUCGAUGAGCCAGUCUACAGUGUGAAAUAAGCAAAGCCCUGCACCUUGUUUCUCUGUCAUAUUUAGGGCUUCUCUUCCUUUUGAAAUUUGUAAAAAUACAUAUUUAAAUGCGUUUUAGGUACAACGAAGUCUGUGAUCCUGGCUAUAAUUUCGCUAGCGGUGGAUUUUCAUCUGGCACGGGUCACUUCACCCAAGUGGUUUGGAAAGGAAGCACUGAGCUUGGAAUUGGGAGAGCUGAAUCUACCAAAGGAUCAAUGAAAUGUGCCUAUAUUGUAGGCAGAUACAAACCAGCUGGAAACAUGAUGGGUGACUUUCCAGAAAACGUAGAAAAAGGAAGUUUCGACAGAAGUCAGUGUAAUUCCAAUUCUGAUUUACCCUGGGCAAAAUUCGUUGAUCAGAAUGAAGAAGGUCCUUUUAAAAAAAAUCGUUUUACUAAGGUCGAUGUUCCAGAAUAUCGUGAUAAUGUGACAUUGAGCUUCUGAAGAAGAAAUCUUUUCGUAUCCUUCUAGUAGUGUAACUCAUAGUUGGAGAUUGAUAUUAUGGUCUUAAUUAAAAGCUCCUCUCCUCAAUAAACGCGUCGUCAGUCUUAAAGGGUCGGUAGGCACAUAUUUUUUGCUAUUGGCCAAAUAAAUUCCAAAAAAAUCAUCAUCAUUUAACAGCGUCAUCAACAUUAUGAUCAUGUAUUAUAAUCAUCACCCUCAUUGUCGAAUCAAAACUAUGAUACUUGGGGGUUCUUUUAAUAUAUAUGAUAAUGCUUUUUGUAACCGUGUUUGAUGAGGGUGACUUGACUUGCCUUGCCUGGACUGGUCUUGACUUUUGACCGUAUAUGUAGGGUUGGGAGGGUAUUUAAAGCUGGAGAUGCACCCCGGGUGAUAAACUUUAAUUUCAUUACUGGCCUUACUGCUGAAAAACUCAGUGAAGGAUAAUAAAAUCAGUAUCCAUAAAAAUGAAUGUUCAGAUAUUACCAUUGCAUACAAUCUCCUCACUCGUACAGGUUACUGUAUUAUAUCUCGGAAUUCUCAUUUACAUCUGAUUAUAUUAGAUUAUAUUAGUCGGAGCAAACACUUGUGAAAGGAUAAAGUAAAGUUUAUAAGUAGAGGUGGAAUAUAAUAGUCCGGGCGAGUGUAGUCCGGUAUAAGUGUAGGACUGUUGUUGACAGCAACCGACGUUUCGAUAACCUGUGCAAUUAUCAUCUUCAGUUUCAAAGAAAUAAAUUUAAGUUUCUCCCUGACCAGCUAACGAAUUUUCAUCAAUACAGCUGGAGACGGGUACCUUACACUUAGUUAACUGACCUCUCAACUUGACCCUUGGACGCUCACGCAAAUGUAUCCCCUCACCGUGUGGUACAAGGGAGAUUGAUGAAACCUCUCCCUUGAGUUUUUUAUUGAUCUUCUCAACAAGAUGAGGUAUAUAUUUUAUGAGUGGUGGCGCAACUGGAGGCAUGUGACGUCAUGGACAAUGGUCGCCAUUUUGGUUUUUGCCGAGAAUUAGGUUAAAACCGCAAGAAGUGCUAAUUUGUUGUACUUGACAAAUAAAAUAACACAUAAAUAAGCACUUUGCAUCAUUUUAUCCACAAUCUUUACUUUUAUUGGUGAAAAAAGUUGAGAAAACAUGCAUGGCCAUGGCUUGACCACCUGCUUCUUAUGGUUUUCUGUGUGCUCAAGUCUCUCCUUGGAAUUGCGAGACAAUGGAGUAGAAAAAAAUAUGCAUUUUUGACCCUAAAGCCUCGGAGUUGUGAUAGAAUUUUAAUAUAUCGAACGUUGGCUAUUACAGUAUACAGAUGUGGAGUUUAAGGCAAACUCUGAGCUUUAGGAACUUCUUCAAUGAAGAUCCGGGACACAGACUGCCAGCCCGUGGAGGCAUCACCAGCGACUCCAUGUUGACAAUUACCAACCCAGAAUCCCACGCGUACCCUUCCUUUGUGAAUGUUGUUACAAUGCCCCUCAAUAUGGCGAACGCGGUGAGGAUCUUGAGUUUUGCCUUGCCACACGUACACAAUACCGUCAAUGGCUAAGGGAGCUGAACACUCUGCGCCGUUGAAAGUGAAAUACCAGCGUUUGCAACAGGAUGUACACUUGUAGACUCUAAAGGCACCGGUCCAGGAAACACGAAGAGCAGUAUCAGAGAAGUUUUUAUAGAAGACGCAGUCCUAUACAAUGACAAUCAAGAAAACAACAAGUAAGGAAAUGAAGCAACGACAGCAAUAGGAAUAUAUCUAUUUCGGCCGAGUGAUUCUCUUAUUGAUAUAUUAUUACAAAUUAUCUAUAAUAUAUAGAUUUAGCCAGGGCUAAAAGCGAAACGCUGGUUAAUAAUACUUAUAAAAGGAAAAAAACAGAUCGUCUAAUGCUAAAAGGGGACGGCAAUGAAAAUGGUAUCAAGAUCAAUAGAUCUAAUUAGCAAAAAAAGAAAAAUUUGCACAUGCAGCACACUUUUUUUCUAAUUAGCAAAAACACAAAUUUGCACUUGCAGCACUUUUUUUUGUCUUUCUUUGCCGUUGUUUUGCACGACUACAAUGCCGUUUGUACGACUAAAACGUCAAGCGUCCUAGUUACUCAUUAUUUUUAUGGAGGAGUUGUCGUAUGUGCUUAUCAAAGGUUUUGUUUCCUGUGUUCAUGUUCGCUUUUAUUUUUUCACUGCCGCUCAUUUUCACCUGAAUGGUUUUCUUCCAACGAAAUUCGUCUCCUAGCACUUUCUCUGUUAUCAACGUGAUUGUAAACAUAAAAAAAUAACGUCGAAAAAGACAGGACUUUGUUUGUUUGUUUUUUAUUUUUUUCUCUUUAAAAAACCGGGCGGCCAUGUGAUUUUCUUCCGUUACAUUUCGGUUGCCAUGCCUGUUGAUUGAGUUAUCUUAUGUUGGUGUGCCUGUGGUCCGGACGGAUGGUCGGUCGCUCGGGCGCUGUACGGUCCCGUGCAUGAUUACCAAAUUUUCUAUGAUGGGUCGAUUUACUUAGCUAUAGGGCUCCGCACGCGCACGCUUCGCGCGCGCGUGGAGCUUCGCUAAAACGAGUUAUCAUAGUAGUUAGACUACUGAUAAUGUGAAACCUCCCGGCCAAAGUUGACAAUUCCCUUAUGGGAAUACAUAACAACUUUUCUUUUGCGUAACACUAAUGAACUUGGAGUGAUUCGAACGAAAUAUUCGACUUGUUUGAAAUUGUUUAACUGUGUUUUGGAAUUUUGUUUGCUAAAAAAACUUUUUUGCUAAUAGAAGUUAUCUAUUACUAAUCAAUAUAAAGAGAAAAAUGUCAAGUUCUUGUCAAUCUAAUCUGCUUUAUAAGUGCCGCAAUUCCGCACCAUUUUGCUUUUCGAAAUGAGACCAAACACGAGAUCCUAAUGAUAGCAAAGUUCAUUGUUCCAAAACAAAGAUAAACGACCGCUAUUUAUGUAUCGACUGUGUCGGAUGAGAAUGAAAUGGUCUUAAGUUGCAAAAAGGUGGACGUCGUCGCCAUAGCAAAGAAACUGUGAGAAUUGGACACUGAUGUUCGCAAUUCAAGAGAUAAAACGAAGAGGUAUUUUAAUGUAGAUGCAGUUUAACCUUACCUUUAUCAAACCGUACUCCCUGUUAUCAUCCAAGUUUUUCCAAGCACACUCUCUCCAGUUCCUGAUAGCCAGUAUUCCACUUGAUCCAGACUCCCCCUUAGGACCGGGGACACCUUGCUCCCCUCUAGCACCUUCUGCACCAGUAGGGCCAGGAGGUCCCUGGGGUCCAGUAUUUCCUGGCAUUCCUUGGUCACCUUUCGCCCCGUCACGGCCUGGUAUCCCAGGUGUACCUGGUAUGCCGGGUACUCCAUUACAGGGGGAUGUUGACUUCUUUAAAAAAGUGAAGCAUGAUACAGAUAUAGUAUCUUUAAAAGUAGCAAGAGAAGAGAAAGGGUAGCCUUUCUUUUGACUUGAAGGAGAGCUUUGAGCUUCUGGAAGGUGGCAUCCUGGUUGUUUCUUGGGGGGGGGAAUGAUGUUGUUUGGAAAACAAAUAAAUUAGGGUACAAAACAUAAAGCAGCGUAGUCCGCCAAUGGGCUCAAAGGCACCUUGCUGUGGUGUUGGACUGUCUGGUGUUGGUCUGCUAAGUAUUCACUUCAUAUUUUAUUUUUUAAAACUCCCAAAUACAAUUUCCUAAAUUUUCCAAAAUUUUUAACAAUACGUCCCCCCCCCCAUUUCCAUUUAUUAAAAACAUUUGAAAGAUCAUCCAAAUAUUCUCAAAAUAUUAGUGAACUAAAGACUCCAACUUAUAGAGUCUUUUUUGAUGAACGAAACUCUUGGCAAGAUAUUUAAGAAAAAGGGCGCAAACAAACGAAAAAAAUGCUUUCCCUCUAAGUCCCGUUCAGCGCAUGUUGAAACAAGUCAAAAAAUGUCCAUGACAAUAUAAAUAAAAACGAAUUAAUAAGCAGAAAUAAAUAAUCUAAAAUGUACGAAAACCUGUUAAGUAGCACAUUGUCAUAUAUUGAUUUGCAUAGUUCAAUAUCAUGGAGGAAUCGGGAUAAAUACUAAUACACUCCAUUGGACGAUGAUGAUAUCUCUCUUACUGAGCUUCUCAUUCAAAUUCUCCAGACUGAUUUCUUUACAUUUCCUUAGAGAAUGAGCUAAGGGAUUUUGCUAAAAAAAAAACAAAGCAGUUUUCCCUUUGGUGAUCAUCUUAAUAAUUUCUCGUGACCGUUUUUUCUGGAUGAUUUAUUGAUAUUUGGGGGAGAAAAUUUAUGCUGAGAAAGAUGUUUCAUUUUUCAGGCGGUGACACAGGCGGCUGAGAAGAAAAAAUCCGAUUACUUCCAACGAGAGGGAGGGACUACUUUAAAAAAUAAAGUAUGACAGAUACAAUGUCGAGAAAAUUGAUGUUGGUCACCUUCGGGACUUAUACUUAAGAAUGUUCUUUGCAAGUGCUUUCUCGUCACUUUUAUUCUUUACUACUUUCUAAAUUACUUUAUCUUUAUCACUUUGUACUUUACUAAUUGAUGGUAAAAGAUAUAAAAGAUAUAACCUUACCUGGUUUGUUGUGUCCAAGGCGUGGGUAAUUAAGGUAACCAGCCCAAAUAUAAGGAUGAAUAUUUUGCAAGGUGGAGACAUCAUUUCACCUUUUGUAAUUUAGCAGUUACUUUAUCAGCUUAUUUUAUCGCGUUGUGAAUGGAGUGCUACUAAUCUUAAUUAAACCUCUCUAAAUUAGUCCUUUCUAUAUUGACUGACUCAAAUUUUUCGGAAACCUUAGUGGCUAUUCUCAACAAAAGACUGCUUCUGUAUCGUUAAACGCUCUUUUAUUUGUAGAGGACCCUGUGAUCGUCGCUUGGUUUUUGGCUUUGCCAAUGAAAGCAUUCACAAUAAACAGUUCUCUGGGGCGGGAGUGUAAAUACUGAUAACAAAUUGAAGACAGUUUAAUAUUUACGUAGUUCUUGUUUACAUGCGUCGUUCGAGCCGCUGAAUAAUAGGAUAAUUUAAACCUUGACAAUAUGAUAACGCAAAUUUAUACUGGGACCACUCAGAAUGACUAAAAUAAAAAUUUAAUAAAAGUUUAUGGAGGGUGCGCUGCUCUGACUGUCCAAUAGAAACGACAAGGUGUAACAACGGUACAUUUGGCAAAAAUAAACAAACGCCUGCCAUAAAGACAAAACUGAUUGAGAGCGACAAAUGUAAAGAUUUGAAAGGAGCCAGCAGUGGUGGUGGUGGGACUUAAAGGAUGGCCAAUCAAACUGGCUUACUGUCGUGUCGCAAUUGCUAUUUAAGGCUCCUGGUCAAACAUAACGUAUCUUUAUUGUCGAAAGCUAAACGAAGAAGACAAAUUUGAAAAAGGAAAUUCCUAACUGCGCAAAAACCAGGAAAACAGUUUGGUGACAUAAUGAAAUGUCAUGUGAUCAUAUUUUGCUUGCUAAAUUAGCGUUUUUGAGCCAAAAAACAAAAAUCUAAAUUGAUGCGAUUUUGCAGCUGUUGAUUGCCUGCAAUAUACAAGGGCAUGUAAUUAGUUCCACUAUAGUUUGCCCUCCUCCAUUUAUUCUAGUAAUUUGUCCUAGAUUUAAAUCUUAAGAAUAACAUCUGUAAUAAAAAUGUCUUCUGCAGCGAUAGGCACCACAAAAAAUACUGAAACUGGGAAAAUAAAAGUUUUCUUUACCGUACGAUGUUUUUUGGCCCAAGGCGUUGUUAAAUAGCCUCCUUCGAUGUUUGAGAGUUGUGUAAGCAGUUUGUUGCGUCUGCUGCCAUAAUGCAGUGUCCCUGUGACUCUUCAUCGUCAGGUGAAGGAAAUUUUAUAAUCAAACUUCGAAAUGAAUUAAUGGCAAAUUUGUACGAAUAUUUUGGCUUGUUUGGUUGAAUUAGUACUUUUAGAGAGUAAAUUCUCCCACAAGUCGUUAGACACUUCAAAAGUUAAAAGGGACCAGCAUUUGACCAAUAAAAUGAUGAUAUAUAUGACCUUCUCAGUGGUUGUCAUAACAGAUUUAACCGACCAGCGAACGAUCGAAUAUUACAGACGUCGCACUUCUCCCCCUCCUUUUAGGAGCCAGGUAAGAUCGUUAUUUCCAAUAAAAACAUUUUCGCGCAAAUAUCGACAAAAUUGCUUGUCCUAAAUCGUCAAUUUGAGUCAUUAAAUCACUACAAUUAGUUGAUUUUCUUUUUUUUUUCUCAGUUCAUUUACAAAUACACUGCUACUGCCACUAGAUUAUAAAUUGUGAGUUUCUUUCAUAUCUUAAAUUCACUCUGUUAUCAUCUAGGGUCUAUUAUUCUUUCUUCUGAAGGUUUGAAUAUACGAUUCACAAUUUACAGAUUGAAGCAUUUUUAACAUUCAUUUUACGUUGCCAAAUUUUUCACGAGUAUUUAUCGAAAUAGUUUGGUUAGAUUAGCGAAUUCAAAUGUGACUAGGUUUUAACAUUCUAUGAGUUGUUUGUUGUCAUUUAUUCAUAGGGAGAGUAGAUAAAUGACCUCGUUCUUAGAGUUCAGAGGAGCUUAUUCAUUCGCAGGUGAACUACUGAAUCAAAAAAUUUAAAGUGGAAAAAGAAUGGAAUCUCGUUAUCGAAUUUAUCAAAAAAGAGAAUCUUACACAGCGUUUAUAACCGUAUAGAGAUGUUGCUUUCAAGCAAUUAGAAACAACAGUGUGCAAGGUAUAAUGGUACUUGUUUUGCUUUUUAUCAUGCAAGUACAGAAAAUGAAAAUGUUGGUCUGUUACUUCUUACUUGCUGCCGGAAUGACACAAGCAGGUAACACCAGACUCUGUCGCGAGUCCUGUUCUUGUUUAUUCUUUGUUGGAUUAUUGACUUAGUUAUUAACUCUUUGAGUUUUUAUUGUUAUUUGUUCGUUCGUCGUUCUCUUCGUUUGUUUACUAUGAUCACAUAUGGUUCAGACAUAUAACAAACAAAUUGCCAGAAUUUGAGUGUUUGAUGAAAGGUGUUAUGGUGAAAUGCUUCGCCACUUGUGAACCACUGAAGUUCAUAGACAUUACCUGCAAAAACGGCUUGAAUGUUUUAAGGUUUUGGAAGCUUCGUCUAGAUAUUUCAAAAAAAACUUUCCGAAGCUGAUAACCUGUAUUAAUCCCUCCAGCAUGACCCCUGUCAUCCCCUCCUUGAUGUCAUAAUAAAUGCUUGGUGCUGGACUAAUCUCUUUGCAGAUGUAUUCAAUGUAAUUAAUUUCCUAAUCAAUACAAAAAAUCAUGUUUUUCUUUAUUACACAUUUUUCAACACAGAACCGAGUCCGCAAAUUUUCAAACCGCUUAAUGGUCUUGUAAAGAUCAAAGGCGAAGGAAAGAUUGAUAACGGCAAGACAGCGUUAAGUCUCAACAUAAAAAUAAUUGGGAACGGCGGCGCUGGUGGCAUUGGUAAAGGAGCACAGCAACGUCCCGGACCUCCAACACCAACAAUAGGUAAAAGCUAAAGAUUAUAAAGAGUCUUUAUUUUACGUUGAUAACUCGAUAUAGUCUUCUCACUAAUGAACCCGAGGCCGAAGAUUCAGGAAAGAAGACCGGAUUUGAGGUCCAAUCUAGGAACUGAACUCGAAACUGCCGCGCAGUUGACGUCGAACUAUUAAAUUAACUGCGCUAAUCUUUUCUCCUUCAAAACCAAGAACGUAAAGGCCAACCUUAUUGCCACCACCGGCAACCACAGCCACUGAAAUGCCCAACUUUAAACCCACCAGCACGUUUCCAAAAACAUCAACUGAACAACUAGGAACACAGCCACCACGGCCACAGAGUUGCUUAGCUUUGGACCGUAAUGCUGCCUGCACCUAAGAGGAAAAGACCAAGAGAAGUGGGUUGUCCUCCGGGAGGUAGUUGCAAUAACACUUACUGUAAGCAAGCUUCCUUUUACAAUGGUCUCUUGAAGACAAAUGACAGUAGCGACAACUGUAAAACGUCUCUUCUUGCGGAAUUUACUUGUCAAAUAAAAACAGAGAAACUCACGGCCAGCAAACGGAGAUUCAGCAGAAGAUAGUAAACACUUGGAGUCGCUAUAAAUUAGAAAGGUUAAAUACGGAAACAGUUUCGGAACCACUUGAAAAUUUUUUGCAGUUUUUCGUUCUUUCUUUUUUUUUCUUCCUGUGUUAUUAUCAUACAUAUAUAUCCAGUAUUUAUGAAGGAUAGGCUACGGCCAUAGGGGCGUUGAAAAAUGGCGUUUCUUCAUUGACGUCCUCUCCUAGGCUCUUACAUCCUCAUCUGCAUAAUCUUAAUGAGUGAUUCCUCAUCCUUCCUAGGGUUUUCCGUUGAAGACGAGUCAGCCUUGGCAGAACAUAACAAAUUCCGCAAAAUUCACCUAUCUCCCGAGAUGACAUUAGACAAGAAGAUGUGUGACGAAGCCAAAGCUUACGCAAGGAAGCUGGCCAAUCUUCGAAUGAUGAUACAUUCAUCUGACUUAAAGGACCAAGGAGAAAACUUAUCCUAUGGUUGUUGUACGGGAUGUGACAAAGCGCGAACUGUGGAGGAGGCAGUGAAGGGCUGGUGAGAGUUUGCGUGAGGAAAUAGAUCAUUACAUUAUUCAUUCAAAAUAUUUUCCCAAUUCUGAUUGGCUAAAAGCACAUGCAUAAUUCACCAUAACCAGCUACUUGUAAUGUACCAGGAAUUUGUAUAUCAAAACACAGAGAACUCAACACCAUUUAACUUUAAGUCUGUAAGCACAUGGCAAGAAGGACCUAAUGCACAUGUGCGAGGCGCGUAAGGAUUCAUGGGAUAUGACAAAUGCCCCCUCUUGAAGCAAAGGGAGGAAAAACUGAACCUCAUAAAAAUACAGAGUAAUGUACUGAUAGGGACAAGUCCUAAAGUCACGUGAACACUUAAGUUUACUAAAGACUAGAACCUCUGAGGCGUUUUACGCUCUCUGAGAGGGUUGCUCAGGCGCUGAUGCUUGAAGCUCUGGAUCUCUUACAGAUGAAUCCUGCGUUGAAGAAAAAGCAUCAGCCAUGCUAUCCAUGGCUGGAGUGUCAAGUACAGGCAUAGCCUCUUUAGACUGUGAAAGGGUUGGUGUUGUAACAGGCCUUUCUCCCAUUAGCUGGGGUUCACGAGCUAACUCUAACCCUAGUGUGGAAGGUAUGAAUCGUGGACGUAAUUGUUCUUGAUGCCGCUUCCAGAUAAUGUCUCCGACCUGAACCACAAAAUUUCGGGGACUGACUGUUUUAACAAUGGUCCCUGGAAUCCAUUUGGCUCCUUUGCCAAAAUUGCGCACAAAAACUGCUUGGUUUGGUGUAAACUGGGGUUUUUUAUCAAGGUUGUCUUGAAAAACAUUAACUUCCUGUUUUGAACUUUUGGCUCUCAGUGCACUGAAUCAAAUUCUAGGCUGUGUGUUCAUAAGUAAUUCUGAGGGUGAUUUCCCUAACGCGGUGGGUGUAGCCCUGUAAGUCAACGAAAACCUGUCCAAUUUUGUUUGCACAGACUCGCCUGUAUCUCCAAUCUUGCCCAGUUUAUCCUUAAAUUCACCCACAUAGCGUUCUGCUAACCCAUUUGCAGCAGGAUGUCCUGGAACUGUGAGAGUAUGAAGGAUGUCGUUCUCUUUUAGAAAUUUCUGGAAUUCGUCGCUCGUUAACUGAGUCCCAUUAUCUGUUACCAGAUGCUCAGGUAAACCAAAGUAACUAAAAAUGUGUCUCAAAGCAGUAAUAGUGUUGGUGCUGGUGGCAUGAGUCAUGGGCACUAUCUCCAAAAAUUUGGAAUAAGCAUCCACCACGACCAAAAACAUCUUGCCAAGAUAAGGCCCAGCAAAAUCUAAAUGUAAUCGUUUCCAUGGUCCGCCUGGUGAGGAACCAUGAAGCAGCUGGGGCGCGUGGGUGCUGGCGAUUUAGCAGAUUCUUGACAAGCAGGACAUAGUUUAGGUCAGGAACAAAACAUGGUUGGGAACUGUGUAGCGCUGAUAAGUUGAUUACAAUUAAAAUUUGUCUUUAUGUUCUUAGCGCUAAAAUUUUUGAAAAUCCAUAGUUUAACUGUCUCCUCAAUUUGCUUAUCAAGUCCAGGCCACCAACAGUACUUUCGAGCUAAUUGUUUCAUUAUAACCAUACCCAGGUGUUCUGCAUGCAAAUCGGCCAAUAAGAAAGCCUGUAGUGACUCUGGUACAACGACUCGCGAGUUCCACAGGAGGAUACCAUCUUCAUGAGAGAGUUCAAGCCUUUCGCUGUAGGAAGGUUGGAAAACUGGUUCCAGAUUAUUUCGCCAACCCUGCUGAGUAAACUGUAACACCAUUCCAAGAACUGGGUCUCUCAUGAUUUCCAUAGCAACUACGGACGUAUUUAAAAACUGAUCUUCUUCGAUAAACAUCACGUUUACAGUUACCUGUUCUGCAGCAGACUGCUUGUAUUUAAUAGGCUUCCUAGACAAAAAUCCGCAAACACAUUGUCUUUGCCCCUUAUGAAUCAAUUGUAUGGUCAUAAGCAGCUAAAAGUAGUGCCCAUCUUUUGAUCCUUGCUGCUGCCAACAGGGGUACGGACUUUUGUUCCCCAAGUAACGUAAUCAAAGGUUUAUGAUCUGUUGGAAGUUUUAAGUGUCUACUGGCGAUAUUUGGUCAGGCCAAAAACGACAGCUAAUGACUCGCGUUCAAUUUGGGAGUAAUUUUGUUCUGCAUUGUUCAGUAUCCUCGAUGCAUAGGCAACAGUUUAUAAUACACCAUCUGGUCCAGGUUAAAAUAAUGCAGCUCCCACAACCACUGAAGAAGCGUCAUACUGUAGAAUUGAUACAGCCAUAGGAUCAUAGUGGUGUAAAACCGAAUCAGAGCACAGAGCAGCCUUGAUGUUAUCAAAAGCGUCCUGUUCCAGUUUUGACCGUCUCCAUGGUACCUCCUUACGAAGUAAUCCGUACAAAGGUGAAGCCAACUUUACAAAAUCCGGCACAAAUUUACGUAGAAAAUUGGCUGAUCCAAGGAAUGACUGUAAUUCAGAAAAAUUUGUUGGAGGUGCUGCAUCCUUUAUUGCCUGCACUUUCUCACCAGUAAGUGAAAUCCCCGCAGCAGAAAUGGUAGUACCAAGAUACUCUACUUUAUCCAGCAUGAAAAAGAAUUUAUCAGGGUUAAGCUUAAGACCGCAGUCCUAUAAUCGUGUUAGUACUCGAUGAAGAUUUUCCAGAUGGACUUUAUCUGAUUAUCCUGAAAUAAGGAUGUCAUCAAUACGGACACAGCAGCCUGGAAGGUCUUUAAGGACAUAUUCAAUAGUGCGUAGGAAGAUUGACACAGCACUACUCACUCCAAAAGUCAGGCGCUUGUAUUGGUAUAGGCCCAAAUGAGUGUUAAUUGUGGUGUAUUUUCUCCUUUCUGGCGUAAGCUCUAGUUGAUGGUAUGCAAGAGACAGGUCAAUCUUAGUGAAUUUUUUCCCCCCGAUAAUGUACUCAGUAGUUCCUCCAGAGUUGGUAUGGGGUAUUGUUCUAGGACUGAAAAUUUUUUGAUGGUGACAGAGUAGUCCCCACAAAUUCUCAGGUCUCCAUUUGCUUUAACAAUAUGGACUGUUGGUGAUGCGCACUCGGAAUGCUCUACUUUCUCAAUGAUGUCCUCUGCCACCAAUUUCUCCAAGGCCUUUUCGUACUUAGACCAAAUUGCAAAUGGUACUACUCGUGCUUUGGUAAACACAGGGCUUUCAUCACUUACUCGCAGUGACACUUGGAUUCCUUUAAGUUUACCUUCUGAACUAGUGUCAAACAAAUCAGAGUACUGUUGACCUCUAUCCUGCAGCUGCAACACUAAAAAUGUUCUGCCAAGGUAAUGUAAACUUGGACAUCAUAUCCCGCCCCAGUAGUGAUGGUCCCUGAACUACACGAAUUAACAGGGUACCCACCUGGUCUCCAACUUUGACAUCCAUCUCCUUCUCACCAAGACACUGGAUAAUGUCCUCAGUACAGCUUUUCAAAAGCACUGUAGGCGGUCUGAGUGUAGUUACUUGUCCUCCUAUUUUGCUAAAAUCAGCAGAACUCAACAAUGUCUCAGAACUGCCCGUAUCAACUUCCAUAGGGACUUCAUGGUCUUCAGUUGUAACUGUAAGUUUGUAUAAGGGCGGUGUAAUUGACGAAUUUCCAGAAGAUUUCACCCUUUUCAUAUAAACUGUACAAGAAGGGACUGAAUUCUCGUGCUCCUCCUUGGUACAUGUUCCUGAUGUUGGAGCAGCUAAUACUUGGUGAGUGGUGUUGUUACCACCAAAUUCUUUCUUUUUCUUGAAGCAUGCCUUAGCCACGCUUUCAGUUUCACUUUGUACAGUGUGAUGGAAGCGGUAGGUCUCGGCAACUUCAAGUACCUUAGGUUUGUAGUAGUCUUUCAGAAUUUGUGUAAGCUGAUCGUAAGUUUUAUCAGCGGGUAAAUCAGGAAGACAAAGACCUUUGAGCGUACUGUAAGCGAUCAAAGUGCCAAAUUGCUGUGAAGUCAUCGCUAGCACUUUAAUUCCUCAUCCUCUUCGCCAGUUUGUAAUGUACCAGGAAUUUGUAUAUCAAAACACAGAGAACUCAACACCAUUUAAUUUCAAGUCUGUAAGCACAUGGCAAGAAGGACCUGAUGCACAUGUACGAAGCGCAUAAGGAUUCAUGGGAUAUGACACUACUGAUGACCAAAUUUGGAAGAAUUUUGCGUUUAAUGAACCGACGACGUCAAAAGUGCAGCCUCUUUGCAGGUUAAUGCACCGUUAACCGGGAAGACCUGGGGACGAGGUUGUGAAAACAAAUAUGGCGGACAUUUCACUCGUUUCAAGAGUAAGAACUAGGCGAAAUAAUAGCUAAAAACAUCACAAGAACAGCAAGAAGACAACUCGAAGGGCGACAUCUAGCCUGCUAUUUGGAGAAUAUUUGCGGAGCUGAACAACCCUAAACGUGCACUAUCGAAGAUGAACUUAACAUCGAUCUGAUCGGUGAAGGUAAGCAUGUUUAGCUAUGUUUUUAAACUAGGAAUUAUUUUGAAUGAAUAAUAAAACAAUAUUGAAUUCGGCUAUCGUAUCAUAUGAAGAAUUAUUGAGAUCUCGGAGGGUGUUAUCCGCCUCGGCCUACGGCCUCGACGGAUAAACUCAGCCUCAUUCAUUAAUUGUUAAAUAUUCGUGGCCAUAUUCACGUUUGAGAAUGAUUUGGCGAAAGAAAACACUUUGCUUUGAAACAUCCUGUUGAACAAAGUUGUAAAGAAUGACUGAUAUCAGGUUUUUUUCUUUUUGUUUUGUUUGUUUUUGUUUUUGUUUGUUUGUCUGUUUGCUUUUUUUUGUCCUUAUUUUUUGCAAACUUAACCCUCGAGGAAAGCUUAAUAGGCCUUUUGCAUUAGUUGAUCACGUGAUCAACUUUCAGUAAAAUCUCUGAAAAAUUUUGUUAUCCCGAGCUGAAAGAGCAUUGUAAAAUUAUGUAACCUGUAUGUUGUCAAGUAAUUAUGUAAAUAUUGCGAUGGCCGCCGAAAUAAGGAAAAGAACAACAGUUUAACAAUUUCAGAAUUUGCAAGGACUUGUAUGGAAAUCACUCAAGCGUGACUGGGUGGCAAGAGUUGUUUUUCCCAUACAAAUAACUUCUAGUUUUCGGUGGCCGUUGCAAUCGCUACUUUUGAUCGAGAUAUACGGCUAAUAAUUUACAGGUUACCUAAUUUUAAUAUGCUCUUUCAGCUUGUGCUAAUAUAACUUUUGCAAAGCGAACUGUUUUCGUGUUUACCAAAAUUUGAGCAUGCCACCAGCUAAUACAAAAGACCAUCCUGGACCUCAGAAUUGCAAGAGCAGCGUUUCUACACUAGACUAUUAGCUGCCUUUGCAACCCUCUUGUUGUUUAGCUGCUCUUGUGUCCCUACCUUAAAGAAAAAUAGAAAGUGACUUUCACACUACCGAUUCCCCUUUUCUGCUUCAAAUUUACCUAAUCUGUAAUCUAUGAAUGAAAAGCGCGGCAGAUAAUGAGCUGCUGUGUUUCUUAUCUUUGUAAAUAACCUUUUAGGUACGACGAGGUUUGCGACUAUAAUUUCGCUACUGGAACGUCUGCAGGUGUUACGGGUCACUUCACCCAAGUAGUGUGGAAAGGAAGCACCAAGCUAGGCAUUGGGAGAGCUGAAUAUACCGACGGAUCAAAAAAAUGUGCUUACAUAGUUGGAAGAUACAAGCUACAGGGAAACAUGGGUAAUCAGUACAAAAGCAACGUAGAAAAGGGAAGUUUGGACCCAAGAUAUUGCAUUGCAGUUAAAGCAAAGAAGGCGAAGGUAUUUGACAAAAAUGGCCCAGUCUCGGACGUCUUGGGCGUGGAAACUACCAGUUUACCAGAUGCUGCUCCAAAGACAGGCAUCGUUAAAAUACAGAUUUUGAACAAAAAAAAGAAGAAAAACUUCGUUGGUUCCAGCAUCAUUAAUGAUAAGUAA